AUGUCUGACACCGUCUACAUGAUGCCUCCGCCUGAGGGCGAGGACAGGUGGGCUGCUGGAUCCAUGGCGCCGGCCCAGGUGGUCAUCGGCGCCGUCUUGUUCGCUUUUGGGUCCGUUAUUUACGGGUUGCGAAUCUAUACGCGAGUUGGGAUCAUGAACAACACAUUGCGUCUGGAUGAUUACCUCACUGGCGCAGCCUUGUUCUCGUGUUGGAUGUUCUAUGCCUGUACCAUGGGGAUGGUUGCCCAAGGUGGCUGCGGCAUCAACUUCUGGCAGGUCUCACAGGCCAAGUACCAGAUCUUGCUCAAGUGGACCAUCCCCGUCAACAUCUUCUACAUGCUCUCUUCAGAUCUGGCCAAGAUCUCGUUGCUCUUCUUCUAUCUCCGCCUCUGCCCUGAAAGAACCUUUCGCAGAAUCGUCCAAGUCUUGGCCGGUCUCUUCAUCACGUACGCUGUCGUCUACGCCAUGAUCAGUCUCUUUGGCUGUCAACCCAUCAAGGCCUCCUGGGACCUUGUCGCCAUGGCUACAGGAAAGUGUGUCGACAAGUUUGGCUUCUUCUUGGCGGCGUCGGUUGCCAACGUUGUCAUGGAUCUCGUCAUCUUGCUUCUUCCUCUUCGGAUUGUCAUCCCGCUUCAAAUUCCUCGACGUCAAAAGCUGUCAUUGCUGCUUCUGUUUACGACAGGUGGAUUUGUCAUAAUUGUUGCCAUCUACAACUGCGUUCUCACCAUCAAGCUUUUCAGCAGCGCCAACUAUACCUGGGGUCUGGCUUAUGAACUGUGCUGGAUGUACGCAGAGCUCACCGGCUGCAUCAUCUGUGCCUCCGCCAGCUCCUUGAAGCCAUUCUUCAAGAAGUGCAUCCCUGGAAUCUUCAGCUCUCUCGGCGCCAGCUACGGCGGUCCUUCCCACAAUACAACAAAGGGAUCGCAUGCCCUCAGGAGUAGACGACAGCUUAGCCGCAGGCAAUCCAAUGCUAUCGAACUCGAGUCUGGAGAUGACUCCGAGUCGGGGAGAAAGAUUGGAGAUGACGACGAAGCUAAGCUCUGGCCUCGGCCUACCGCAGAAGAUGGUGGCCAUACUGUCCAGGUUUCUGUGCCGAGACAGCCAUUUCCUUAUUCUUACAACCCCAAGGUGCGAACUCACUCAUACUCUCAGGAGGACGCAGCCAAGGGUAUCAACAUUGUUUCCACUACGGAGAUCCAGUACAGCUCAAGACAGUAG